AUGAUUUCAUCAUCAUCAACUGCCACUACUAGUAAUAAUAAUAUGUUAUCAUCAUCAUCACCAUCAUCACAAAUGAAUGAAUUAGAUGAUGAUCCAAUAAUAGUUGAUUAUGUAUCAGAUAUAUCAGAUAGUGAAGAUUUACAUUAUCAAAAUAUUAAUACAAAUCAAUCUACUUUUAUUAAUGAAAUUAAUCAAUCAUCAUCAUCAUCUACCACCAACAAUAACACCUCCUCCUCCUCCGAUAGUACUAAUAAUAAUGAAUUAAAUAAUAAUAAUAUAAAUAAUACAACAACAACAAGUAUAAUCAAUCCAUCGUCAUCAUCUCCGUCAUCAUCAACCAUUGAAACAUUAAAAUCAUCAUCCAAUUCUACAAAUACACAACAACAAGAAGAAAAUGAUGAUGAUAAUAUGUGGUCAUGUAAUAUAUGUUUUGAUACAGCAAGUGAACCAGUUAUAACACAAUGUGGACAUUUAUAUUGUUGGUCUUGUAUAUAUAGAUGGAUGCAAAGUCAUUCAACUCAAAAUUUACAAUGUCCUGUUUGUAAAGCAGGUAUUCAACAAGAUAAAUUAAUUCCUAUUUAUGGUAGAGGUCAUUCAAAUAAUUCAUCAUCUAAUAAUAAUAAUUCUAAUUCAUCAAUCUAA